ACAACAUUCCCGAUCCUGACUUUGAAAUAACUCCUAAAGUAUUAUUUUAUCGGUUGUCUCGAAACUGCCUUUCCUUCUUCCGAACUCCUGUACACGAACCACCUUUUGAAUGACAAUCAAAUCCGAUCAAAAAAAUCCCUUCUUACACUUGAGUGGAGGUGCCAUGUCCGGCAUGGUGGCAUGCAUUGUCUUGCAACCUUUGGAUCUUAUCAAGACGCGCCUUCAGCAGCAGCGGCAAGAUCACCUCGCUUUUCUGCGAGAAGCCAAAAAGAAAGGGUUGCUUGUAGCGCCACAGAAUAGUACCAUUGUUUCUACGGUGCGCGACAUUGUUCGAAGCAACGGCCCCAGCGGACUGUGGCGAGGUACCAUACCCACCAUUCUCAGAAAUGUGCCAGGUUCAGCGUUGUAUUUUGUUGCAUUGGCGGAAAUUCGUGACAUCUUGAGCCGAACUCGAACCACAUGGCAACCCUGGGUUUCAAUGAAACAACAGUCAGCCAUUGAACAAAAACGCUGGGAAAAUCUCGUCUCUGGCGCUUCUGCUCGAGGCGCCGUCGGUUACAUCAUGAUGCCCAUCACCGUCGUCAAAGUCCGAUACGAGAGCAAUUUUUACAAUUACCACAGUAUGACCGAAGCAUUUCGAAGCAUUCUAAAGCAUGAUGGUGUGCGCGGGCUCUUUGCUGGCUAUGGAGCGACCUUUAUCCGUGAUGCACCGUUUGCAGGCAUCUACCUCUUUUUUUACGAAACAUGUAAAAGCUGGGCUAAUGCAUGGAAAGAUCAAUACAAUGUUGCGUUACCAAAUAUGGCGGUUAAUUUGGGAUCCGGUGUUUCCGCGGGCAUGCUGGCGACCUGUGUGACACAACCCUUUGACCUGCUGAAAACACGCAUGCAGCUCAAACCAAACAUUUACAAAAACAUCAUGCAAUCGGCCCGUAAAAUUUACAUGGAGGAAGGCAUUAUUGGAUUUUUUGAUGGCAUCAGCGUUCGCAUGAUACGCAAGCCACUGAACUCAGCCAUUUCUUGGGCUAUUUAUGAAGAAGUAGUGCGAUGGCAUGCCCGAAAAUCGAUAUCCACUAAUGAAUUAUAGAUGCUUACUGCCAAAUCAUAGACCUGUACACCUUGCUUUCAUUUUGUUUUUACCUUUCAUACUUUGCAUAAUCCUCUCCCCCUUAUUUUUUUUUCAUUUGUCUGUCUCCUCGUCAUGAUCUUGUAUACAUACCCGAUGUUGAUCCAUUCUAUCCGGUUCUUUUUUUUUUUUUUUUUUU